UGAAAACUGUUUGUGUUGUUUAAUUUUGAUUUUCUUUCUUUCUUUCUUUCUCCCUUUUCUCUUUGAUUAAUGUUUACUAAUUAGAUUUAAUUGUAAUUUAGUUAUAACUAAUUACCUUUUUACAUCGUAAGGCGAUGAAAAUGGUCUUAACAACCCGUCAGAAGGAUGAAUUGAACCAUGCAAUUGCUGAUUAUCUAUUUUCACAAGGAUUCAAUGGAGCAUUGGAAAUUUUCAAAAGAGAGGCUCAAAUGCCCAGUGAGAUUGAUAAGAAAUACAGUGGACUAUUGGAAAAGAAAUGGACCUCUGUGAUACGUUUACAAAAGAAAGUAAUGGACUUGGAGGCAAAAUUAUCAGAAGCAGAGAAAGAAUAUAUCGGAGGUGCUCCCACAAGAGAGAGAAGAUCACCAACCGAAUGGAUACCUCGGCCACCAGAAAAGUUUUCCCUCUGUGGUCAUCGUUCAACCAUCACAAGGGUCAUCUUUCACCCGGUAUUUAGCCUGUUAGUUUCUGCCAGUGAAGAUGCUACCAUUAAAGUUUGGGACUAUGAGACCGGUGAUUAUGAAAGAACCCUUAAAGGCCACACUGACAGUGUCCAAGAUGUUGCAUUUGAUGCAACCGGUAAACUAUUGGCCUCCUGUUCAGCUGAUAUGGCAAUUAAAUUAUGGGACUUCCAAUCAUAUGAGUGUUUAAGAACUCUACACGGACAUGAUCAUAAUGUUUCAUCGGUAACAUUUAUGCCAACCGGUGAUCAUAUACUUUCUUGUUCAAGGGAUAAAACAAUUAAAAAGUGGGAAGUAGCUACUGGCUAUUGUGUAAGAACUUAUGCUGGUCAUCGUGAUUGGGUGAGAAUGGUCCGAGUAAAUAAGGAUGGUACAUUGAUCGCCAGUUGUUCAAAAGAUCAUACCAUAAUUAUCUGGAAUACGAGUGUGAAUGAGCAUAAAUUAGGGACAAACGAGCACAAAGUAGUCCUUAAAGAUCAUGAUCACACGGUAGAGUGUAUAGCCUGGGCUCCGGAAUCAGCAUUCACAGUCGUCUGCGAAGCAGCGGGUAAUGAUAAUCUUCGAAAUAAUCGAACAGGACCAUUCCUGGUUAGUGGCUCUCGAGAUAAAACCAUCAAAGUUUGGGAUGUAACAAUUGGAAUAUGUUUAUUCACUUUAAUCGGUCACGAUAAUUGGGUUCGAGGUGUCAUUUGGCAUCCAGGAGGGAAAUAUAUUAUUAGCAGUUCUGAUGAUAAAACUGUCCGAGUUUGGGAUAUAGUAAAUAAAAGAUGCUCUAAAACAUUGGAAGCUCAUAACCAUUUCUGCACUACUGUCGAUUUCCAUCAAACAUCUCCGUUCGUCAUCACUGGAUCGGUAGAUCAAACUAUUAAAGUCUGGGAAUGCCGUUGAAAUGACCUAUUAUCCCGAUAAAAUCAGUAGCUUAAUUUUAUUUUUGCUUCUUUCAAGGAGAUUAUCCUUUAUUGUCAAUGACUUUUCUGUUGCUUUAUUUCUGCUCUUUAUCUUCCUCUUCACCUUAUUCUUUCUCUCUUUUUUUGUCUCUCUAAUCUCUCUUCUUCUUUACUGUUUUUUUCCUUCUCAUCAUUCAACAACAACAACAACAACAACAAAAAGAAAAUCUUAAUUAUACUGAUCUAAAUUGUUUCAAUUAAUCAAUUGUCAAGUGAAAGUGUUGGUUAUACAUGAAAGCGAAGAGAGAAGAAGAUGAAGUUAAAACAAUCGAUUUUCUCUCUUUCAUUCACUCUCUCAAUCAAUAUCUUCUCAUUAUUUUAUUUAUCUUUAGAAAUGGUUGCUCAACAAUCAACAAUUUCGAAUAAUGUCCAAUCACGAGAAUAGAAGAGAAAAACAAAGAAGAGAAAGAAUAAAGAAACUUAUGAAUAUGUGACAAAAUCUAAACAUGGCGCUCAUUCAAUAAAAAAAAACAUCUUUAAAAAAGCUCGAUUGUAUUGAUUUUUGUAAUUAAAUGAAUGAAUUACUGAGUAA